AUGGAAACUGAAUGUUCAUGCCCGAUUUCAGUUGUUGCUUUGGAAGGUUGCUUGGAAUAUCUUGCCUACAAGAGAAAGGUUGUCAAUGUUCUCCACCUUUCUAAUGAUCAACAGGUGUGCCCAAUUUGUAAUUCAGAAAAGGAGACUCUAAUUCAUUUAAUGACUAGUUGUUCCAUUCCGUCUUUGGUUUGGAGUAAUUCUAGAUGGCAUAUAGACUCCCAUGAUCUUGCUAGACACGGAGUUUCUGGGUGGGCCAAAGUUGUUUUAAAUCCUCUAUUGUUUGGUUUAUGUAAAGAAGAUUGGCAGGAGUUCCAACUUUUGGCAUUGGUGACUUUUGAUCAAACGUGGAGGUAUCGAAAUGAACUAAUUCAUGGGGCUAUGAGAAAGCCUGAGUCUGAGUUAGUUUGUCAAAUUCAACAGUUGCAUACUCGUCAUUGCCAAGCUUGGAGACUGCCCGCAUAUUUGCACGUGAGGCUUGAUUUGAAUUGGCUUCCUCCUUCUUCGAAUUGGAUUAAGGUUAAUUUCGAUACAGCUAUGGGUCAGAAUCUCACAUCUUCUGCUGCCAUAGCUCGUUCUUCAUCUGGUGGAAUUCUCUUUGCUUCAGUUUAUAGCGGUCCUAGAGUUGACCCUACGGUGGGGGAGGCAAUGGCUUUAAGAAUUGGUGUUCAAAGCUGUUUAAAUCUUGACUUACAGGAGAUCCAGUUUGAGGGAGAUUCUCUAAUUGUGAUUAAUGCUGUAUCUCAACCUGAUUUGGUUUGUCAGUGGAAGAUAGAGAAUGUGAUUGAAGAUAUCAGUCUCAAUUUGAAUGAGAUUCGAAGCUGGACUAUUUCAAAGGUUAGCAGGCAUCAGAAUGCUUGGGCGGAUACUUUCGCCAAAUGGGCCGCAGCUAGGAGACUCUCCGGCAGCAUUCCCAGUCCUUUUAUUUCGGAGUUUCAGUGUUGGUUGGAUAGUGGGCAUGAUCCUCCAGAUCAUUAUCUUGGUUUGGACUGGUGUGGCUUUUAG